AUGGCGUUCUUCUUUAACUUUGUCGCUAUCAGCUUCUUCCUGUACCACCUGGUGCGGCUGAUAAUGUGGGCCGUGCUGGAUUCGGACAUCGAACUGUUCUUUCUCUCCAAAUUGGGCAGACCCAUCUCCUCACUUCGGGGGAAAGUGGUAUGGAUUACUGGAGCAUCCAGCGGCAUCGGGCGCGAUCUGGCCAUUGCACUGGCCCGGCAAGGUGUUAAGCUGUGCAUUUCCGCACGUAACAUUUCCGAACUGCUGAAGGUGAAGCAAGCUUGUAUAGCACAAUCAAACGGAAGUCUCGGGCCGAACGAUGUGUACGUGCUGGAGAUGGAUAUGCUCCAUCUGAACCAUCACAACGAUUACUUCAACAUGGUGUUGGACCACUUCAAAACGGUCGACAUUCUGGUGAACAAUGCGGGACGCUCGCAGCGGGCCGAGUGGGGCUCGAUCAACAUCAAGGUCGACCGGGAGCUGUUCGAGCUGGAUGUGUUUGCCGUGAUCAAUCUGUCCCGUGUGGCGCUCAACUUUUUUGCCCGCAACUCGAUGAAGGGCCACUUGGUGGUGACGAGCAGUACGGCGGGCCUUAUCGGGGCCCCGAACUCCGGUACCUACACCGGUGCCAAGCAUGCGCUCCAUGGCUACUUUGAAGCACUAAGAAACGAAUACCCCAACGUGCACGUUACGAUGUUCUGUCCCGGACCGACGGCCACGAACUUUCUGCAGGAGUGCUUCACCGAUACUCCCGGCGCAAAAUACAACCAAACCGUGCAGCCGACCGAUCGGCGUAUGACAAGCGAACGAUGCGGCCAUCUGUACGCAUUGGCCAUUGCCAACAAGACCCACCUGAGCUGGGUCGGCACGUUCCCGAUCAACUUCCUGCUGUACAUUGGCUGCUACUACCCGAACUUGAAGCGAGUCCUGCUGAAAAUUGUUGGCAUGGAGCGUUUGCAGCGUGUUCGCGACAGCCGGUAAAUUGGCGCUAAUGAAUUGAAAUAAAGCAGAAAAAGCCUACUGGGUUGCAGCAAAACAGCGCACACACACAUACACCGGGCAGCGGGACAUGGAGGGGCCACCCAAUGUUUUACAUUCCAAAGUGCCUAAUACACGCGUAAAUCCUACGUGUCCUACGUUCAUACAGCAUCAACUUCGCCGCAUCCAAUCCACACACACACGUUUCCAGAACGAAGCAGCAUUUUACUGGUCAAUUAUUUAAAGUGUUUUUUUUUCUAUCUUUCUUUAGUACAAUUUACACUAUCAUUCUCGUUUACCACGAUAUUAGCGGAUGUGUUGUCUUUUUUUCUACUUAAAUUAUUUAAGCACUAUUAUUAACUUUUUCUUGUAAUCGUGCAUCGCAUUUAGGUUGUAGCAUUAUAAUUUUUACAUGUUUUUUUUUGUUUUGUUGUAAAGUACCGCUUACACAAUGCUUUUAGAUGAAAUUAUUUAAUAAAGUUAUGCUCUUGUUUCUCGACAGAGUUUCACCAUACA